AUGACGAUCGACGGCGAUAUCAAGCGCGAGCCCGGACACGACGGCCUCUCGGAUAUACUUCUGGAUGAUCCGCACGACGACAGCGACCACGUCGGCAUUGAAGACCUUGCUGCCAAGGGCGAUCUGAAUCUGUCGAGCACUUCCCGGAAAAUCUGGCUUGUCAAGGUGCCGGCGUUUGUGGCCGAGAAAUGGUCGAGCAUCAAGACAGACGGAGUCGAGCUCGGGCGCAUUCGAAUCUACGAAAAGGCCCAGGUCUCUGGAGGAAGAAAGGAGCCCAAGAUCACGAUGCAUCUCCCAGAAAGCGACUGGAGCAGCGAUCUGCCCAAGAACUUCAACCUCAAGGUCAUCAGCACCGGCCAACCUAACUCGUACGUCUUCACCGAAAACAGCCAGGGCACCGCCGUCGGCAUUGCCGGCACCAUCCACCACGAGGCCCACGUCACUCCGAUCUUGGACGACAACUACCACAGUCUGCUCAAGCGGCGCAAUUCCACCCAGAACGAUACCAACCGGAAGGUCAAGGAAGAGAAGAACCCACGCCUGGAGGCAUGGACGCAAACAUCCGACCGCAUCCGAGAUUUCAAGUUUGGCCGCGAUCCCCUGCUCGAGCAUCGCAAGAAGCAGUCGCAGGACAAGAAGGAACGCAUGUCCGAGAAGGAGCUGCUUGACGAGCUCUUUGUCCUCUUUGACAAGCAUUCGCACUGGAGCUUCAAGGGUCUGGUCGACAAAACGAUGCAGCCGCAACAGUGGCUCAAGGAGGUUCUCGUCAAGAUAUGUGUUCUCAACAAGCGAGGUCCAUAUGUCAAUCUAGGGGCCCGCCUCAGCCGCCGGGUCAAGCGCUGCACCAGCGGGUCCGGGUGGCUCCGAGGACAAGCUGGAUUACGAUGA